UCUCACUCACUUCGUUAAUACUUUAAGCCGAACUCAGUGUGAAAACCAAACCCCCAAAAAUCGAUCGAGAUGCAAGAUUUCUUCGGCUCCGUUCGCCGAUCUCUCGUCUUCCGUCCUCCCGCCGGCGAUGAAGAUAAUAACCAGGAGAAUCAGCCUCCUUUCCCCGGCGUUCUCGCCGAUAAGAUCACUUCCUGCAUCCGCAAAUCCAGGGCUCUCAUCAAACCCUCCUCCUCUCCGCCGCCUCCUCCUACCACCGUAGAUACUCCACCUCCGAUUUCGUGGAGGAAAGGUCAGUUAAUCGGCCGCGGCGCGUUCGGUACAGUGUACAUGGGUAUGAAUCUCGAUUCCGGGGAGCUUCUCGCCGUCAAACAGGUUCUGAUUGCAUCCAAUUAUGCUUCCAAGGAGAAAACUCAGGCUCAUAUUCAGGAGCUUGAGGAAGAAGUUAAGCUUCUCAAAAAUCUCUCCCAUCCAAAUAUAGUUAGAUAUUUGGGUACAGUUAGAGAAGAUGAUACACUGAAUAUCCUUCUCGAGUUUGUUCCUGGUGGAUCUAUAUCUUCGCUCUUGGAGAAAUUCGGACCUUUUCCUGAAUCAGUUGUGCGGACAUACACAAAGCAGCUGCUUUUUGGGUUGGAGUACCUUCACAAUCAUGCAAUUAUGCACAGAGACAUUAAGGGGGCUAAUAUCCUUGUGGAUAACAAAGGAUGCAUUAAACUUGCUGAUUUUGGUGCAUCAAAACAAGUAGCUGAGUUGGCUACGAUUUCUGGUGCGAAAUCUAUGAAAGGGACACCCUAUUGGAUGGCUCCGGAAGUUAUUCUUCAAACUGGACAUAGCUUCUCUGCUGAUAUAUGGAGCGUGGGCUGUACAGUUAUUGAAAUGGUGACUGGAAAGGCUCCUUGGAGUCAGCAGUAUAAAGAGGUUGCUGCUAUCUUCUUCAUCGGAACAACAAAAUCCCAUCCUCCAAUACCUGAUACUCUCUCCUCUGAUGCAAAAGACUUUCUGCUCAAGUGUCUACAGGAGGAACCGAAAAUGCGGCCAACGGCAUCGGAGCUACUAAAGCAUCCUUUUGUUACGGGACAACACAAGGAAUCUGCUUCAACUGAUCUUGUUUCUAUCAUGAACAAUGGCAGUACUCCUACAUUGUCAGAGUUAACUAACACUAAGUGCUCUCCACAUUCUACAUGCAACGAUGUAGGAGACAUGUGUAACUUGGGCAGUCUGAACUAUUCACUUGCAUCUCCUUUUAAAUCAAUCCAAAACAACAACUUCAGACAACAAAAUGAUAAUGGAGGCGAGGAAGACGAUAUGUGUUUGAUUGAUGAUGACAAUUUUUUGACAUUUAACGGAGAGUCAGGACCUAUCCUUAAAAAUAAUAGUGAUCUGAAGAAGAGCUGUGAUGCCACAAGUGAUAUUUCCAAUGCUUUGAAUGCCAAAUUCGAUGAAAGUCCUUGUAAUGGAGAGAAAGAGCCGAAGAUGAGCAUGGAAGUUGACCAACCGUCAUACUCAGAAGAUGAUGAGGAGCUGACCGAGUCAAAAAUUAAGUCUUUCUUAGAUGAAAAGGCUGCAGAGCUAAAGAAGUUACAGACGCCUCUAUAUGAAGAAUACUACAACAAUUUGAUCACAUGCUCUCCAAGUGGCAUGGAGAGUAACUUAAGUAGCAGUAAAAGAGAGGACACUGCUCGUGGUUUCCUGAAACUGCCUCCAAAAAGCAGGUCACCGAGUCGGGGUCCUCUUGGUGGUUCACCCUCGAGAGCAACAGACACAGUUAGUUGUACUAAGAGCCCAGGAAGUGGAAGUAGUCGUGAAGUGAAUAUGAACGAUGGAGGUGAUGAAGCUUCGCAGGAUACUGAAGAGGAAUCAAAGAACCAGAGUGCUGCUUUGUCGGAGAUAGAGAAGAAGUGGAAGGAAGAGCUUGAUCAAGAACUGGAAAGAAAGCGACAAGAGAUCAUGCGCCAGGCAGGGAUGGGAUCAUCCCCAAGAGACAGAAGCUUGAGCCGACACAGAGAGAAAUCAAGGUUUGCAUCUCCAGGAAAAUGACAUGUACAAAAAGCUCCAUGUCCCUCGUGCUAUUUUUACUUACGGGCAAGACUGGCCAGAAACAGGUCCAGAUGGUCUUGAUCCUCGGCUUUCGAUUUUUCCAUUGCUCAACUAGUAUAUAUAUGUAUGUCAUUCUUGUUUUCUGGUGACGAGAAGUAGACUUGAGGUUUGGUCUGAAUAUAUGAUUCUGAAACACUCUUGAUUGUACUAGAUCUUGUGUAAUCUGAGUGUGUUGGGUGCAUGUUAUAGAGAGCUGCCAAUACAACAUCUGUUAAAAGUUCCAUUUAUUGAAAGUGUUUGGGUUUGCACGCA